CUCAGCCGUGCAGCAAGGAGUCACGCUGCUCCCUUCACACUGCCCCAAAACCCCCUUGGGAAGCAGGGAGUGUGCCCAGCACUGCCUCUAUCACUGGGUCCCAGCUGUGGGAUCCCACACAGAGACGGGGACAGCAAAGUGAGCACUGCUGGUGACAGCGCUGGGACAGGGAAGGAUGUGCUGAAACCACCCCCCCCAGGCCAGAUGCCCACCCUGCAGCCCUCCUGCAGCUGCAGCCGUGGCCCCAGCGUGGCACAGGGGAAGUGGUACGGGGUGCGCUCCUACCUCCACCUCUUCUAUGAGGACUGCGCCGGGGUCAGCCCUGAUGGGGACACAGAUGAGUCUUCACCUUCCCAUCCCUACGGUGUAUGGCCCUCCAUUAUCUGGAAGGUGACCCUCUCCACAGGCACUCUAUUUCUGCUGGUGGGAGUGGCUGCCCUGACCACAGGCUGGCUGGUGCCCCCCAGGCUGGAGAGCAUCGAGGAAGAGGAUCUGGUGGUGCUGGACGUGCAGGCCAUGCGUUACAACCACGUGCUGAGUGCGUGCCGGCUGCUGGGCACGGCGCUGUGCAUCACAGCUGCAGUGCUGGGUGCUGUGGGGCUGCUGUGCUGUGUGCUGGGCAGAGCUUGGGGUGGCCCCCAAGAAGAGGAGCAGCAGCUGUCGCCCAUCCUGCAGAGCAGCCCCCAGGGCCCCACGGUGCCCUUCGGUGCCUCCCAGCUCCAUGGUGUCCAGCCCCGGCAGGAGGUGUGAGUGCAUUGAGUUGCACUGCUGCUGCUAGGUAAAAUGCUGGGAAAUGCCCUGCUUGAGGCUGCGUGCGUGGGGGUGGGCAGAGUGGGAGGAGGGGAGGCUGCUUGGGCCAGGGUGCUGCAACCCAGUUCAUAGAUGUGGCGGAGAUGGGAUGGGAUGCAAUGGGAUCGGAUGGAGCAGGCAGCUGCCCAGCAAAGCCCUGAUUCUGACCUGACACAGCCUGAUCUCAGCCCAGAUCCAGCCUGGACUCAACUAGAUGCCACCUUGGAUCCCUUCCUGGCACCCAGAUGGCUGACCCCAGAUCCCAGCUGUGCCACAGGGACUCCCUGCACUCAGUGCCUGGAGGAUCCUGUGCACCAUUGGCCACCAUCAGGUCCUGGCCCAGGACAUCCCAGCAGACUGCAGCUCCUCCACCUGCUCCCCAACCAGCCAUGGGGUCGGACAGGCACAGCCAGCAGCUGCAAAUGCCCAAUGCUGCCAGGUGCCUGCAGUGGGAGCUCUGCCCCCAGCACAGCACCCUGCCCUGCAGCCCCACGCGUUCAUCCACGCCGCAGCCCUUGGGAUGGAGCAGAUGCUCUGCACUCACCUUGGUUUCCUUCAUUUUGCUCUUUCUGGGGUGAAUAAAAGAUGCGUGGCUGUGGGCUGUUCUUGCUGCUGAGGCUCAGCUCCGGGGCAAUGAGUGUUGUGUAUGGGGGAUGUGUGCUGCAACAGCAGUGCAUCAGAGCUGGGCAGAGCUGUUACAACACAGAGCACUGCUGGGCACAGGCACCCACCUGCCCCUCACUGUCCCAAGGGUUGCUGCACAACACCCAAGAUCAUUUUCUUUCCCUCAGUGAAGACAACUGAGUACAAAUACCCUGCCAGGCUGGGAGCAGCCCUACGCCAACACAAGGGACUGAGCCCACCAAGGGGUCCGUGCAGCUCCCAAAUGCAGCUCUCCAGCCCACACAACGUUCAAGCAUCCCUUGCUUCCUUGAGGAAGGGGCCGCAGGGCCUCUGCUUUCGCAUUCCUUCUGAAGGGCUGAGGGCACCAUUAAGAAAAUUGCUCCUCCAGAGGAAGUCAGAGCAAGCUAAAAAUAAGCCUGGCUGAGCUGGUAAACACGGCCACCAGCCUCACGCAGAGCACAGGGACACCACAGAGGGGCACAGUGCCCAGCAGUGCGGGAUCUCCUCCCGGCCGGGCAGCCAGCCCCAGGCACACAAUGGGCUGCUGGGUCAGGCUAUUUCCAUCCCUGUGCUGCCAGCCGUGCUGCUGGCGUGGGGAAGG